AUACAGGUUGGAUGUUAAUAUCUAAGGCAUCUUUUGAACCGUACAUGCGUGGGUGCGGGUUGCCGUCGGCACUCGGCAGCGAGAGAGAGGACAAUUCAAAACGAGACGAGAACUUCCCUCUCUCUCCGAAGAGGAGCGCUUCGGGAAUGCAGGAAACGGCGCCACCCAGGAUUCUUCCUUUGCUGGAAAGCGAGGAAAAGGACAAGGAGACGCCAUUGCCCCUCUCUCGUCUCUUACAAUGCCGAUGCUUCCAUCCCUUCCCUCCUUUAAAUCUCCCCGCCUUCGAGUUCGGAGAUGCUUCAAGAACCCUAGUUCUCGGCUUCUUUUCGGGUUUCUUGUCUUCUCCAGGUUCUUGCCGAUUCCCUCGCAGAAAGAUCUGACUGGUGCAUUCGCCGGAGGCGCGGAAACCCUGGGGAUCGAGGGAUUUCUUGGAGAAAAUGAUUUGAUUUCGAGACAUUUUGUGGUUGUUGAGAUUUGAUGGAGCUGAGUUCUUGCUACGGAAACCCUCGGAAUUGAGACGUUUUGUGGAGGAAACGCUGUAGUUAUUGAGCUUGUUCAAUUGCAGAGUCCCCACAAUUUUUAGGGAUGCUAGCAAUGGAGAAUGCCUCAAGUUGCACUAAAUCUUCUUACCAUCAAUCUUCUUCGAAGCAGAGACGAAGUGGCUAUGAGCCUUCUGAUACAGAAACAGAUUGGCAGGAAAGCCCUUGGAAUGAGGGACUAUCAAUCUCAAACAGGCCUAGAACACCUCCAGGUCCUGCUAGAGCCAUCAGUCCCUUAAAUCACAGUCGGAGGAACACUUUGAAGGAGGAAAGCAAUUAUCCCUCAGUAAAGGCUUUGGGAACUAGUUCAGCUACCAGAAGACAUAGUAGAUCUCCUUACAAACCAAUCAGAGGUGCUGGUGAUGUACCAUACUCUGAUUUAAGAAGAAAUACCAGUCCUUUAAAAGUUUCAGAGCACCGCAGACAUGUUUCUCCAUAUAAGGCCAAAACAGAGCAGUCAGAACAUGAAAACAGUGAGCUAAACAACUCAUUCCGCAAGAGGAGCCAGAGAACACCCCCAAAAAUUCAUAAUUCUGCACAAAAUGAUACCCACUCACAACUUCAAGAAGUUUCUAGGGUCAACGAGAGAUCAAAAUACAGUCGUAACAGGUCAAUGUCUACCCCAAAGCUGAGAGCAAGGGAAACCACGAUCCAUGAUCAGAAAGAUGGCACAUAUGCUGGAAGUUCUUCCCCAAAGGAAAUAAAUGAAGUGAUUGCUAGUAGGAAACUAUCUAAGUCUCCAUCUUAUGAUGCUCAUUUAACAAAGAGCACAGACUCAGUUUCAUUUGGUGAUAUCUUCUUUUCCCGUGAUUGCACAAUUCCACAGAAAAAUUCUGACAUGAACAAUAGCAACAAUGGGAAAAACUUUGCUCCAGGCAUAAAAGCGGUUCUAGAGAGAAAUGCUACUCUUCAUCAGGAAAGUAGAGGGAUCAAGAGUUCUGAUCAGAAUCGGCAAGCGAUAUCAGUUAGAACGGUUCUUUCACAAACAAAUACUAGCUUUGUUUCUGCUGCUGGUCAAUUGUCUAGUGGUCAAACAAACACAAGCUCAAAUUCUGCUAUUGGUCGACUUAGUAGGACUAGUAAUGACACUGGUAAAUUUAGUGAUGGCAGCGGAAAAAGUGGAAGUUUCAGAAAAUUCACUGCCAACAUACAAAGAAGCCAGACAGAGGCCUGGCUCUCAUGUGUCAGGAAAGGCUCAUGUAGAAAGUCAAAGUUACCAGAAUAUAGGGCAAUUGACGAAGCUUCUUUCAUUGAGAAGGCAUUUGUGGUGGAAGAACUGAGAAUGUUCUGGGCUGAUAAGCAUAGGCCCCAUUCCUUGAAUGGAUUCAUUUGCCACAAACAACAAACACAGCAUCUGAGACAAUUGAUAUCCCACAACAGUUUUCCCCAUCUCCUGUUCAAGGGACCUUCAGGCUCGGGGAAGAAAUCAUUGUGCAUGGCUUUCCUGCAUGAAAUCUUUGGUGACUCAUCCUUGAAAGUCUCACAUGAUUUAAGACAUUUCCAUGUCCAGGAAUCUAGGCCAGUGCAAAUUGUCGUCCCUUUAACUUCAGGUCCUCACCAUUUUGAACUCAAUUUGAAGUCCCAAUCUAAGAAUGCUCGAUAUGCUUUAAUGGCUCUUGUCAAGGAAAUAGUUGGCAACUGUGCUGAUAUCCCUGAAGUUAGUGAUGCAAGUUUGAAAAUGAACUACAAAGUGAUUGUUCUCCAUGACGUUGAUAAAGCCACAGAAAAUGUUCAACACCUGAUCAAGUGGAUAAUGGAUUGCUAUACGGAUGCAUGUAAAAUCAUUCUUUGUUGUGAAGAUGACACCAAUCUCCUUCAUUCCAUAAAGAGUCGCUGCAAACUUAUUGCCAUGGAUGCUCCUGUAACACAUGAGAUGAUGGAGGUUCUAAUUCAGAUAGCAAAGAAGGAGAAUUUUGAACUAUCUACAAGUUUUGCUGCUAGGAUUGCAACUAGAUCUAAGCAAAACUUGAGGAGGGCGAUAAUGGCUCUUGAAGCAUGCAAAGCGCACAACUACCCAUUUGUUGAUGAUCAACCGAUGCCACUUGACUGGGAGGAUGUUCUGGGGGAACUUGCAGCAGAGAUUCUAGCUGAUCCAUCUCCUAAAAGGUUAUUUUCGAUACGUGGGAAGUUACAAAAGUUGCUGGUGGAAUUUGUACAUCCUAAAUUGAUUCUCCAGAAGCUUGUUGAGCAGUUCCUUAAGGGAAUUGAAGCUGGUCUGAAAAGGGAGCUUUACUAUUGGCAUGCAUACUAUGAUAAGAGAUUGCCAACCGGAACAAGUGCCCUGCUGAAGCUAGAAGAAUUUGUUGCAAAGUUCAUGAGCAUCCACAGAAAGAGCUUUUGAGGGCCGUUGUGUAUUUAGAGUCAAGCAUCAGGUCGUUGUAUAUUUCCCCCAAGUUUUAGAUUCAAAGGAUGAACUGUCGUGCAUGCCGUUGAUGGCAGUAGUGAUGCAAUGCUUGCCCAUAUUGUAAUAAAACAAUGUAUGGAAAGUUUGACGGAAGUGCAUACCUUCUUUUAGUAGAUAGAUCAAUUGUAACUCAUCAUGUGAUGUCCCUCAAAUGCAACGGAGAUUUGUGCCCU